UCAAUCUAACAUAUUCAGCAACCUAGAUGAGAUAACAAAUCAGUAUUAAUUAACACUAUGAGCGAUCACUACGAGAGAGUGAAGAUUGAGCUCCAGCAGAUGAAGGCAGUGGAGACCGAGGCCGCGGCCGAAGAGGAGCAUCUGUCCCCGGCCUCUUCAGUCCCUGCUGACGUCUCCUUCACGGCUCUUCCUCGGGCUCGGAGGGACCUCUCCAGAAGCAGCAUCAACGGGAGAAGUCGAAGUAAAAGCCGAGGUAAAGCAGACGGGCAUGAGAAACAGGUGAAUGGCAAACAUCUGUCAGAUGUGGCGCCGCGGAAGUCGGACUGUUCACAGGAGAAAGGACAGAAUCGUGAGAGCAACGAGCAAAACCUUCACAUUAAAGGGACGGGUAGACUUUUAAAGAGCAAAACAGCGGCAAACGGUCACGUUGAGUCGUGUCAGAGGCAGACGGAUGAGAAAUGUGAGCAUCGUGGCAAAGAGGACGGGAGCAAGGUGGCCAAAAAGAGGAGAGCAGUGACGGUGGACACCUCCAAGGCGAAGACAUCGCUGGAAGCGCUGAAGAUGAGCAUCAGGCUGCUGAAGUGGAAAGAGUUUCCGAUGGGUAGGCGGACAGCCUGCGAUAUCUACUGGCACGGCGUCUCUUUUCAUGACAACGAGAACAUUGUCUCUGGGCAAGUCAACAAAUUCCCAGGAAUGAUAGAGAUGCUGAGGAAGAUAAAUCUGAGUCGAGCUGUGCGCACCAUGCAGGAGAUUUACCCGGAGGAGUAUAACUUCUAUCCACGAUCCUGGAUUCUGCCUGAGGAAUACCAGCUCUUCUGCACACAGAUUCGUCUCCUGAAAGAUAACGAUUCCAUUCUCAAACCCACCUUCAUCGUCAAACCGGACAGUGGAUCCCAAGGGGAUGGCAUCUACCUCAUCCGCGACCCUGCUGACCUUCGGGUGAUCUCAGGUUCUCAGAUCAAGCAAUCGGUCGUUCAAGAAUACAUCCAGAAGCCCCUGCUCAUCGAUAAACUCAAGUUUGACAUCCGCCUGUACGUUCUGGUCCGCUCACUGGAUCCUCUAGAAAUCUAUAUCGCUAAAGAAGGCUUGUCCAGGUUCUGCACCGAACCCUACCAGGAGCCCAGCCAGAAGAACCUCAGUCAUGUUUUUAUGCACCUUACCAACUACUCGCUGAAUGUGCACAGCGGUAACUUUGUCCACUCUGACAGCUGCAGCACGGGCAGUAAACGCACCUUCUCUAGCGUCCUCUACCGCCUGGCGUCUAAAGGAGUGGACAUCAAGAAGGUCUGGUCAGACAUCAUUGCUCUGGUUAUCAAGACUGUAAUUGCACUUGUGCCUGAACUGAAGGUCUAUUACCAGGCUGACAUACCACCUGGAAAACCAGGACCCACAUGUUUUCAGAUCCUGGGCUUUGAUAUCCUGCUGAUGAAGAACUUGAAGCCUGUUUUAUUAGAAGUCAAUGCCAAUCCCAGCAUGAGGAUUGAACACGAGCAGGAGGUCUCACCUGGUGUGUAUGAAUACAUCCCCAGUCCAGUAGAUGAGGAGGUGAAAGUGGGAGUGAUCAGAGACACACUGCGCCUCAUGGAUCCUGCUCAGAGGAAACACAUCACGUCAAAUGUCGGGGGUGUUUCCCCAGAAGAAGCUAUUGUUGUGGAAACAGCAAGUGAUGAGAAAGAAGGCUUGGCGGAUUCACUUCCAUCUUUGUGUUUAAAGCAAGUCUUCCCCAAAUACACCAAGCAGUUUAAUUACUUGAGGGUCGUGGAUCGCAUCGCUACCAUAUUCCUGCGCUUCCUUGGUGUCAAAGGGACCAUGAAACUCGGUCCGACCGGGUUUCGCACCUUUAUCAGGAACUGCAAACUGAGCAACAGCAGCUUCUCAAUGGCGUCAGUGGACAUCCUGUACAUCGACAUCACGCGCCGCUGGGCUGGAAUAAACCCCGACUCCAGAGAGGCAGGAAUGUGUCUUCAGGCAUUUAUUGAGGCCUUCUUCUACCUGGCAGCGCGCAGGUUCAAGGCUUCACCCUUGCGGGAGCAGGUGCUCUUGCUGCUGGAGGUGUGUGAAGGGGCCCUUGAGGGCCAAAGUCCCACUGACAAGCCACGGCCACAGAAAUCACACACAAACCCCGGCCCUAUGCAACCAUCAGCGCCAAACACGUUCAGUUCUCCUGCACUAAUGCGCCGUCGGCACCAGCCGCUACAGAUCUCUGCUAAAGCCAACACAGACAACUGACAAUCACACACACAGAUACAGCCUUCUGAAGAACUCUCAGAAGGCAGCUUGAUGUGCUUUUGGAAAUAAAAAA